AUGCACGAUAUGUUCAUUGAACCAUUAGAAGCUUUUGCAAAGAACGAGAUAUUACCUUUGAAGGAUGUAAAAAAGGGAUUUGAAAAAGCUGGUAGUGAAGCAGAUUUUGCACUUUCUAGAUAUAUGAGCAAAAGACCGAAAGAUUCGAUGAUUGCUGACGCGUCUUCCGAAGUAUCAGAUACACGAAGGGAAUUUCAUUAUCGCUAUUUGGAUUAUGUUAUAAAAAUUAAUCAAUUGGAAGCGAAGAAGAAAUUCGAGUUUAUGGAAUAUGCAAGGACUGAAUAUAAUAAUGAUAUUAAAGAAUCUCAACAAUUAAAGAGAUCUUUAUUAGAGAACGCUCAAGAAACGUACAAUCCAUUACACUCUUUCAAGGCAGGUACUAAGUAUCGUGCACAUCAGGGUUCAGAUGCGACAAUUGUAAAAAAAUCCGGCCAUUUGUUUAUGAAAGGAAAUCAAAGAGUAAUGCAGUCAUGGACGCGUAAAUACUUUACUAUUUCAGAAGAACAGUUAAAUUAUUGUACCGAAAAUCAACAAGACAUGGAAGAUUGGAUAUAUUGUUUACAGACUGCAGCUGAAGAAGCUUUGUACACGAAUCAGAUGCCGAAAUUUGAUUCUUCGGGCAUGGGAAAGCUGAUAUCUCAAGAUACACAGAGGAAUGAUAUUAAUUCAAAUAAUCAAGUUAAUUAUGACUCUUCUCAGAGCAUCCAGCAAUCUAUUUUACGAAUUAAGCAAUUGCCCGGUAAUGAAUGUUGUGUAGACUGCAAAUCUAAAGGUAAUAAGGUUAGAUCAUUGAUGCUUGAUAAAUGGGAACCUGAGUCACUUGAGGUUAUGUCGAAGCUUGGAAACUUUAAGGUAAACCAGAUAUUUGAAGCAAAAUUAGUUGGAGAUAACGAGAGAAAAUUGAUGAAUUCAUCAUGGGAACGAGAAAAAUUUAUAAUCGAUAAGUAUGUUAAUAAAGAAUUUGUUGUGCAAAAAGAUGAAAAAAUCGAUCUUUCAAACUCGGUUGAUUUGGUUUUUUGGAAAGCAAUGAGUGAUUCUAAUCUGCACGAAGCUCUUCGAUGUUUGUCGCUAGGAGCCAAUGUUGAUUGGAAAAAUGACAAAGAAAAUUAUACUACGGCAUUGCAUCAGGCUAUACUACGAAGUGAUGACGUUGCA